AUGUGUAAUGGAGAGUUUUUUAACAAGCGACCGGGAGAGGAUUUUGCUUAUUUCGAUUACUUGGCUGAAAACGCUCAAUCAUGGGACACUUCUUAUGUUUAUGAUCGAAUUGAACCUUUGAGGACCUUGAGUGGGGGAGAGAAAGGAAAAUUCCCAUCUCAAUCCCAAACAAAUCCUCAAGUCCAAAUUGCUGCCCCAAAGUCUUCAUCAUCUUCUGAAGCAAAUAUCAAGACUUGCAAAGCAGUAAUAACUCUCCGUAGUGGUAAGGAGGUUGAUACAUUGAGUAAUGAGAUAACAAGAAAGGUGAAAGUUUCAUUUCCAAUGCACAAGGCACCUGUCAUUUUAGGGAGGCCAUUUUUGGCCACUUCCAAUGCUUUGAUAAAUUGUCGAAGUGGCAUCCUUAAAUUGACGUUUGGAAAUAUGACGUUGGAGUUAAAUGUGUUCAACACUUGUAGGCAGCCACAAGAUUUGAAAGAACCCCAGGAAGUGAAUUGUUUGGAAUCUUUACUUGCUGAAUAA